GGGAAGGCGCAUGUGACGACUGAGCUCUAUCCGCCUGCAUGUUAUUGUUUGCGAUCACAUUUUGAAGGAAAUUGGGUCACUCACAAAUCGAAAGCGUUUACAGUCACACAUUCCUCCGUUGUCUGCGGAUAUGCAUCGUUAAUGAAGAUUCUGUUUGGUUGCCAGCAGGCAGCUGAUGGAUGCUGUUUAACACCUUGGCAUCUCGAUUAAACGUGACCGACAACUGAGAUGAUGUCCAGGCGAGGCAGGAACAGCCGCGCUUGGCGAUACGUUUGGGGUGGAAUACAGCAGGAUGCUGAUGCAAGAGGGCUUGUCGUGGCCACUGAAAGUGACCGAUGGGGCUAUGAGCGCCUGGAGUACAGCGAUUCUGAUUCCGACUACUCAGCGGUGACGGUCCCACCGGUGCCCAGCGCUGUGCCCGUGACCGGAGAGUCUUACUGUGGCUGCGAUUACCAGGCUGAGACCAUCCACCAUCGACAAAGUUUCUACCAAGUCAAAGACUGUCACUGUGGAGAGGAUGACCAAGAAUUUGACUGGGUUUGGGAUGCCAACAGCCGAUCAACAGCAACAUUACUGAGAUGCGACAAUCGCGAGGUCAACUUCCACUCCGAGUACAGCUGCGGCACGGCUGCAAUCCGUGGUUCCAAGGAGCUGGUGGAAGGGCAACACUUUUGGGAAAUAAAGAUGACAUCCCCCGUGUAUGGGACAGACAUGAUGGUUGGAAUCGGUACCUCUGAUGUGAACCUUGACAAAUACAGGCAUUCAUUCUGCAGCCUUUUGGGAAAAGAUGUGGACAGCUGGGGUCUGUCUUACACUGGCUUGUUGCAUCAUAAAGGAGACAAGAGGUACUUUUCCUCUCGUUUUGGCCAGGGUUCCAUCAUUGGGGUUCAUUUGGACACGUGGCACGGAACGCUUACAUUCUUUAAGAAUCGCAAGUGCAUAGGAAUUGCUGCCACAGAUCUCCAGAACAAAAGGUUUUACCCGAUGGCGUGCUCCACAGCAGCCAAAAGCAGCAUGAAGGUGAUUAGAUCCUGCUCCGCAUCCACCUCCCUUUUAUACCUGUGCUGCGCCCGCCUUCGCCAGCUCCUGCCAGAAUGUACAGACACCCUGGAUGUCCUGCCCCUGCCGCCGGGGCUUCGCCACCUGCUACACAACAAACUAGGUUGGCUGCUCAAUUUCCACGGCGGCGGUGCAGAGGAAACCGCAGAUGUCCCUGAACGCUCCCCGUGCUCGCCCGUCCCUCCUUCGGCCGGGCCGUCCUCCUCCGAGAGCGAUUCGGAGGGUUGUACGUCCGACCCCGAGGCCUGCCAGAGGAAGAGGUGCCGCUGGACUUGACAUCCUCCGCUCAAAUGAGGCAGAUGUUACUGUUACUACAAGUUUAAAACACCUGCCUCAAAACUUCCCUCAAGUGUGUCUCAGUAUUGGGGGGAAAAAAGUAACCAGAAUGGAACGGUCUUGUCAUGACACAAAAACGUCUUCGUUCCCUUCACUCACACGGUAUCCUACUGUACUGGCUACUGUAGCAAAAAGACCUCUUACUGUAGACAUCUCUUGUCAUUCAUGGACUGGGUUUUGUAACAUGAGGAAGUACUGUAGAGUGUAACACUGAAGUCUCAAACAUGGCUAUAUUUUGGUGGCCAUUUUUAGAUGUUUUUCUGCAGAAGUGGGUCUCGGAAUGAGGCAUGCAGCUAUGUUCUUUGUUGUUGUCUAGUAUGCAAAUUGUGUAUAUUCUUAAACUAAAUGCUAUCACUUCUUAAUCAAAAUAAUCUCUUAUUUUGCACUCUGCAAUUUGGUUAGACUAUUUAUUUGUGAGAUGAAGAAUAAGUGGACUACUUUUGAGUGCGCUUCAUGAAAAUGUUCCCAAAGAAGGACCAACACCCUUUUUACUCUAGUCAUAACUGUUACAUGCAAGCUGCCUUUAUUUACUGCUACACCAUGAUGAGAACUUUUUAAAUAUUUUGUUUUUACUUUCCAAAUGCCUUUGUCUACUUUUUAACACUUAGGACAUUUUUUUUAAAAUUAAAAACCUGAAAAGCUGUAAUUUUUUUUAAUUUUAUAGUUUUAAGAUUCACACAUUUGCAGCCUACAAACAUUCUACACAUUUAAUUGUUAGAACAGACAAAACAUUUUAAUUGGAUAAACAGUGCCAAACAGGAAAAAUGUCAUACGUCAGUGCAUUUAAAGUAGCACGGUUUACUUUUGUAAAAGAUGUAGAUGUGACCUGCCAAGAUAGUCCAUCAUGACUUAAGUUACAAUGCAAUAUAAGAAUUUUGUCCUUUCUGACGAAAUUGGAAUUGUCUAUUACAGUGCAGCAAGAGUGGCGAUAGUAUUACAAGCCCUGUGUUUCCAGUGUUAGCUAAAUGACAAUUUUCACCCCUGCGGAUCUGAUAGUGUAACUGCUGAGUUACAAUAGCUGUUAUUUUUGUGGUCUUUCACACCAUUCGUCUUAUUGAUGCAACCAAGCACUUAUCAUCUUGUCAUUUGAUUAAAAAUGAAAAUGUAACCUUUUUUUAUUAUUAUUAUUAUUAUCAAUCUAUGAUUUAAAGACCUUUUAUUUGCUUUUUUUUCAACAGCAUGAUUUUCUGAUGAAAAUAA